AUGUCUCCCAAGCCCACCAACCCAACAACCACACCUUGCAACAUCCCCGAUAUAAACUACGACCACUCCUUCGCCGAAAAGCUCCAAACAAACAUGUCCGCCCUAGCCGGUAUAUUCAACUUCCCAACAACACAAGAACUCUGGGACCUCGUCCAAAAAGACCCAAGCGCCAAACCCAUCUUCGACGCCUGGGCCGGCGAGCGCAAGAACUUCCCCACCAAUCUGCGCGGAAUCACACAUACCAAACUCAUGAUUCUCGCCUCUAACCAGGGGCUCCACCACAUUCUCGCCAACGACAAGCACCCGGCCUUCAGCGGGCAGGUUUUCCAGCAGAAUCAGCUUCCUGUACAGGGGAAGGUGGAAGUUAAUACUAUGAUUCUGCCGCAUCUUACGGCGCUGUGGUAUAUCGCGAGACUCGUUAGGGAGAAGCCGGUUCUCUUUCCGGGGUCGAGGGUGGCGUCUGUAUCGGUGGGGGUGUCGGUGUCUCACGCACCAACAGAUGAGAUUUCGUUUGAUCCGUAUGAUGUGUUUCAUGCGUGGAAGCUGCUUAGGUGGAUUUGGUGGGUUAAGGUUCCUAAGACGAAGCCUCGGGUGAAGCCUGCUACGCCGCCGGUUUUUCACACGGAUUCUGGUGUCGAUGACUCGGAUGGAGCUGUGGGUGGGGAUGUGUUGAGCUCUGAGGUGAAGGUUGAAGAUGGGAGAGACAACGUUUCUGAUGUCAGGUCGGUUACAGCGAACGAGGAUGCAGCUGGACAGGAUGCCCCUCAAGGCGUGGAUCAUCAGGCCUCGGUCGAAGAGACAAACAAUCAAGUCAACAAUUAUGCAAGCAAAGAUGCAACUGGGCAGGGUGUUUCCCAGGACACAGAGAGCAAAGAUACUGCUACUGAUAUCCCCUACGACACCGCAGACGAGGGCAAGACCGAAGAUCCAACUCCAGAUACGGAUGGUAAACAAAUUAAGACCGAAGAAACUGAAGAUACAGCAAAGCGAGGACUGCCCGAGGACGAAGACGGUGAGGGCGAGUCGGGUGUUUCGAAGAAGAGCAAAACUUGCUGA